AUGCCUAUCUGCAAAUCUGUCAGAAUCUGCCGCCUUUUGCUAAAUCUGAGAAUCUGGUACGGAUUGAUGUUGGAGAAGGUCGAGACUUUCGACAUGAACAGAGUCAUCGAUGAAUUCGAGGAAAUGACAAGAAACGCAGAAGAGGUCCAGAAACAAACCCUCAAAGAGAUUAUACAGAAGAACAAAUCCGCCAUUUACUUGCGAAACUUUGGGAUCAAUGGGAACACAACAGAUGCAGAAGCUUUCAAGGCAUUGGUUCCAUUAGUCACUGAUCUUGACUUAGAGCCUUACAUCAAAAGAAUGGUCGAUGGUGACACUUCACCUAUCCUCACUGGUCACCCCGUUCCAGCCAUUUCCUUAAGCUCUGGAACUAGCCAAGGCCGUCCAAAGUUUGUUCCUUUCACUGAUGAAUUAAUGGAGAACACAUUACAACUGUUUCGCACUGCUUUUGCCUUCAGAAACAGAGAGUUUCCGAUUGAUGACAAUGGGAGAGCUUUGCAAUUUAUAUUCAGCAGCAAGCAGUACGUAUCAACGGGAGGUGUCCCGGUUGGAACCGCGACCACAAACGUAUACCGGAACCCUAAUUUCAAAACCGGGAUGAAGUCAAUACAAUCCCUUUGCUGUAGCCCCGACGAAGUUAUCUUCAGUCCUGAUGUUCAUCAAGCCUUGUACUGCCAUCUCUUAUCCGGAAUCCUCUUCAGAGACCAAGUCCAGUACGUCUUUGCAUCCUUCGCUCACGGUAUAGUCCACGCUUUUAGAACCUUUGAACAGGUUUGGGAAGAGAUCAUCACCGAUAUCGAAGACGGCGUCUUGAGCAGCCGUAUCACCGUUCCUUCGGUCCGUACCGCAAUGUCGAAGCUGCUCACGCCUAACCCCGAGCUAGCAGACACGAUCCGCACCAAAUGUAUGAAUUUGAGCAACUGGUACGGCUUGAUCCCCGCGCUCUUUCCGAACGCAAAGUAUGUUUAUGGGAUCAUGACCGGCUCGAUGGAGCCGUAUGUGAAGAAGCUGAGACAUUACGCGGGAGAUCUACCUCUUGUGAGCCAUGACUACGGUAGCUCCGAAGGAUGGAUCGCUGCUAAUGUUAACCCGAGUUUGCCUCCAGAGGAAGCUACCUUCGCCGUGAUCCCGAAUCUCGGUUAUUUCGAGUUUCUCCCUCUGUCUGAAACAGGGGAAGAGGAGCACAAACCGAUUGGUUUAACUGAUGUCAAAAUCGGACAAGAGUACGAGGUUGUCAUCACUAAUUACGCAGGGUUGUAUCGAUACCGGCUUGGAGAUGUGGUAAAGAUCAAUGGUUUCUACAACAAAACUCCUCUACUCAAAUUUAUAUGUAGGAGAAACCUGAUUCUCUCCAUCAACAUCGACAAGAACACCGAGCGAGACCUUCAGCUUUCGGUUGAAUCCGCAGCCAAGAGGCUCUCAGAAGAAAAGAUCGAAGUCAUCGAAUUCUCAAGCCACGUGGAUGUCUCGACGGAUCCAGGACAUUACGUUAUAUUCUGGGAGAUUUCAGGUGAAGCGAACGAAGAUGUUCUUCAAGAUUGCUGCAACUAUUUAGACCGAGGAUUCAUCGACGCGGGAUAUAUGAGCUCCCGUAAAUGCAAGACUAUUGGAGCUUUAGAACUGAGAGUUGUCGAGAAAGGAACUUUCCGGAAGGUUCAAGAACAUUUUCUUGGGCUUGGUUCAUCGGCUGGACAGUUUAAGGUGCCAAGAUGUGUGAAGCCAAGUAACGCUAAGACACGGACCUGA